AUGCCUGAGCAUGAACAUGGACUCGGUGCAUCAGGUCUUCGUCGAAUCCGGCAGCAACCUUCAUCGAGAGCGCUGGGCGCUGGUGCUGGCACGGGUGGAACAUCUCGAUCCGGAUCCGUGAAUCUAUCAGUCGCCCCUUCCCGCCACCCGUCCAUGAGCCUUCACUCAGGGCCCUCGUCACCUACAAUAUACUCGAGCGAAGACCUUAACCGCUUUCCGACCGAGUCUCUACACUCCUUCUCGUUCGCACACCAGUCGGAAGAGUCCCUCCACAGCAGGCAAAAUGUGUUGAAAAGAUCAAUAGAUUUCAUGCGAGAUAAGUUGGGGUGGGCAGCGAGUAAUCCGGCCAUCCUGAACGCACACGCGAAGCUUGGUGGCGAUCAAGAGGUGCAAAGCAUGGUAGAGCUUCUGUCGCGUGCCAACCUCAUCGGACCGGAUGCUCUGAAAGCUCAUGGUCUGGGAAGUUUGGGACCUUUGACUGGGCCAGCUGAUCUAUCUGCCGAUAAUGUGUUCGAAAAGAGCUUUAUGCCACGAUCAGAGAGUCCGAAGAGUAUCCAUGAGCCAGAAUCUCCUAAAGCAGAGCCCGGCAGUGAACCUGCUAUUCUUGCGAGGGCAAGCGUAGAUGACGAGGUAUUGCUCAGUCCUAGCUCACUGGAGAGCGGGGCGUCUGAUAGAGCACUAAAGAAUCCAUCUCGCCCUCCGGCCCCGACGGCCACGCGAUCUUCGCUGAAACGGACGUACACGGAUACCGGCCCACUAUCCAUUCAAAGUAAACUUCAUGACGCUCUUGCACAGCCGUAUAUGUCUAAGGAUCGCGCUGGAGAAAGUCAAAUCAUCUCCCCCACCACAGUUCCCACUGUGCCACCAGUACCAGGACCUCAUCCGGGCCACCAUCCCGCACCACAUGGACAUGGAAGCCGCUACGCUCCAGCUGCACAAGCUAUAUUCACCACUGAGGCGCAGGCUCCGUGGACCAUUACUGCUGCGAACGAUCUUGCCUGCCUUGUCUUCGGCGUCACAAGGGCCGAAGUUCGGAAGCUGGGUAUCUUGGAGGUUGUCCGGCCGGAGCGAAGGAAAUGGCUGGAAGAGAAAUUGAAGAAUCCUGACUCGGAAUCGCCACGGUCGCAAGUAUUGACUACUCAGAGCCAGCGGACGAGCCCUAGUCCUACGACCGGCUUGGCUGUCGGCGGCGGCGUCACGGCUCGGCUGCUUAGCAAACCUUCAUCGCGACAGGUUGCCGACAAGCGGAGAGCGCAAACAGACGAUGGCAGCGGCUCUACCUAUGUAAGCAAAAAGAACACGAAAGGUGGUUUGAAUCAUCCGGCAAACAAAUCAAGAGGUGUCCUGCUGUGCGGAGACGUAGUGCCAAUCCAGAAGAGGAACGGCGCGCUUGGGUCAGCAAGCUUGUGGGUAAAAGAGAAGCGCGGCGGCUUGAUCUGGGUUCUGGAGGAAAUAGCAGAAGAUGUUGUCUAUAUAAGUGUUGACGAAGUAGGCUGCGUAAUGAAAGGAGAGGGAGCGAUCGAGGCGAUCUGGGGCACGGAGCGGGUCCGAAGAGGCAUGGACUUCAAGCGCCUCAUCCCGGAUAUUCCACGAAGAACAGGUACCAACACCGGCGCAUUAGAUUACGAGCGGAUUGCGGAGCUUCGAUCGUUCACUGCUCGAACUCAAAACAACAUCUGUAUACCAAUCACUGUCGAUCAAAUCUCAGGAGAGCCUACCUUCCGAGUUUCGAGCUUUCCGCAUAUUGCUGGCAUUCUCGUCUUAUCCUCUUCUACCCUCCAAAUCUCAAGCUCGAACACCGUUUUCUCCACUGCGUUAUUCGGCCAGUCGCGGCCCGAUGGCCUCCACAUCAAUGAGCUUAUACCUAGCUUCGACAAGAUAUUAAGGGUGAUGACAGACGAAGACAAAAUUACGCUGGUCGACGGCAUCGUGGUACCCGAGCACAGCUUCCGCCGAGCGCGCGCCCUGCUGGCAAUGCGCGAAGGCAAAGGCGACGCUGCCGCGAUUUUCCUACGACCCAGCGGUCUUCCGGCCAAGCAUCGUGACGGCGCAGAGAUCAUGGUCGACGUGCAGAUGCGGGUGGUGAAGAGUGAAAGGUCUGCUCCAAAGUACGACGAAAACGUGAUUGCGGAAGAUGGUGAGACACACCACGCGGACCAUGAUGGAGCAACUUCCGAGGUGGUCUACGCUUUGUGGAUCACCUACUCGAGGCAGCUGCACGCGGCCAACCAUGGCAUCGGUCCUGUUCCGCCUAUCCAGUCGCGACCUGGGACGCCGCCUCACCAACCCUCACCUGGUCAGUCGAUGAACAUGAUCCAUCCUGAGGAAGCCGAUUCAGAUACUGCAAGAGAUACCCCAUCCGUCUCACUCCUUACACAGCAGCUCCAGAGGUCCCCCACACCCCCAGAAGACGCAUCCGUGGAUCCGCCAGUCGAGCUGGACGGCAACGGCCAGCCACGACGGAAAACCAUCAACGACUUCGUUGUGUUGGAAGAUAUGGGGCAAGGCGCGUACGGCCAAGUCAAACUCUGCCGCUACAAGCGUAACUCCUCGAAGAAGGUCGUCAUCAAGUACGUGACGAAGCGGCGGAUUCUGGUCGACACCUGGACGCGAGACCGUCGUCUUGGCACCGUUCCGCUUGAGAUCCAUGUCCUGGACUACUUGCGCCGUGACGGCUUCAAACAUCCGAAUAUUGUAGAGAUGUCCGAUUUCUUCGAGGACGAUGUAAAUUACUACAUCGAGAUGGUGCCGCAUGGCCUGCCCGGCAUGGACCUGUUCGACUACAUCGAACUGAGGGUCAACAUGGAUGAGGUGGAGUGCCGCAAGAUCUUCGUGCAGGUGGCUGAGGCGCUGUGGCAUCUGCACACGAAGGCGAAAGUUGUACACAGGGACAUCAAGGACGAGAAUGUGAUCCUGGAUGGGGAGGGUAACAUUAAGCUCAUCGAUUUCGGGAGCGCGGCGUAUGUCAGAAACGGACCGUUUGAUGUUUUCGUUGGGACGAUUGAUUACGCCGCCCCCGAAGUCCUCCGCGGCUCCCCCUACCGCGGCAAAGAACAGGACGUCUGGGCGCUCGGCAUCCUACUCUACACAAUCGUCUACAAAGAGAAUCCGUUUUACUCCAUCGAUGAGAUCAUGGACCAAGACCUGCGCGUUCCCUAUAUCAUGAGCGAGGAGAGCAUCGACCUCAUCCGCCUGAUGCUGAACCGGGACGUCGAUCAGCGCAUCACGAUCAGCCAGGUGCUGGAGCAUCAGUGGUGUAGGGCAGCGAAGGCUUAA